UCUUUGUCCCUCCUCCAGUCCUCAUCCGAGCAGCUCUCUCCAUCUAGCCGCGCAUCCAGCUCCAGAGCCGCGCCAGGAUGAUCCGCCGCCUCACCGACAACCUUCACUUCACUUUCACUCCUCUCCUUUAACAGAGCCCCUUCCUUCACCCAUGCGCUGCCUCCCUCCUGAGAUGCGACACCGCUGCCUCAUUUCCCGGACAAUACCUUCAUCUUGCGUCUCUCCUCGCUGAUAGAGAGCAUGCCCGACGCGGGGACGGGAGGCGCUGCGGCCGCCGGGGGUGCGACCACCUCCGGCGACGGCUCCGAGAGCUCCCGCCACCGACACCGAGCGCAGCAGGGGGACUCGGAGAGGCCGGAGCCGGGUUCUGCCCCGCAACAGAGCUCCUCGGGAGUCCUGGAUAAGUUGUUUGGGAAGCGUCUGCUGCAGGCUGGGAGACACAUCCUGUCUCAUAAGUCUUGGAUGAAAACGGUGCCCACGGAGAACUGUGAUGUCCUCAUGACAUUUGCAGACACUAUAGAUGACCACACGUUGCUAUGGCUACUGAACCACAUCCGGCUAGGAAUCCCAGAGCUCAUCAUCCAAAUCCGGCAUCAUAAGCACACCAGAGUCUACGCAUUCUUCAUCACCGCUACGUAUGAAAAUCUGCUGCGAGGUGCAGAGGAGAUGGGCCUGAGGAAGGGGGUGAAGCCAGAGUUUGGUGGAGGAGCACGGAGCUUCUCCUGUGAAGAGGAUUACAUCUACGAGAACAUUGAGAGUGAGCUGUGUUUCUUCACUUCACAGGAAAGACAAACCAUCAUCAAAUACUGGAUGGACAAUCUACGUGCCAAGCAGGGCGAGGUCCUUCAUAAUAUCAUCUUCCUGGAGGGCCAGCCAAUCAUUCCAGAGCUGAGAGCCAGAGGAGUGAUCCAGCAGAUCUUUCCUCUCCAUGAGCAGAGGAUCCUUAACCAGCUGAUGAAGUCCUGGGUCCAGGCGGUCUGCGAGAAGCAGCCGCUAGAUGACAUCUGUGACUACUUUGGGGUGAAGAUUGCGAUGUAUUUUGCCUGGCUGGGUUUUUACACCACCUCCAUGUUGUAUCCUGCUGUGAUCGGCUUUGUGCUGUGGAUGCUCACAGAGUCGGAUCAGACGAGCCGUGACAUCUGCUGCGUGGUGUUUGCGCUGUUCAAUGUGGUGUGGGCCACUCUGUUCCUGGAGCGGUGGAAGAGGAGGGGAGCCGAGCUGGCGUACAAAUGGGGAACGCUGGACACGCCCUCCAAAUCACUGGAGGAACCGCGGCCUCAGUUUCGGGGAGUGAAGCGCUGCAGCCCCAUAACGGGAUGUGAGGAGUUUUACUACCCGCCGUGGCGCAGGCGGGUGUUCAGGUGGCUGGUCAGCCUGCCCAUCUGUAUCCUCUGCCUCUGCUUCGUCUUCCUCGUCAUGCUUAUUUGCUUUGAGCUGCAGGAGUUUGUGAUGGGGAUCAAGGAAAUGCCACGGCUGGCUCGCUUUAUCCCUAAAAUCAUGCUUGCUAUCACUGUGAGUGCAUGUGACGAGGUGUACAGGAAAAUCGCCUGCUGGCUCAACGACAUGGAAAACUACAGACUCCAGAGUGCCUAUGAGAAAAAUCUCAUCAUCAAAAUGGUUCUUUUUCAGUUUGUAAAUUCUUAUCUCAGCCUUUUUUACAUUGGAUUCUACCUCAAAGACAUGGAGCGUCUGAAGGAGAUGUUGGCCACUCUGCUCAUCAUCCGCCAGUUCCUUCAGAACGUGAAGGAGGUUCUGCAGCCUUACCUGUACGAGCGCCACAAGCUGGGGGAGCUGUCGCUGAGAGCCGUGUGGGACCUGCUGCUCUCCGUCUUGCUCAAAUACGCCCGGCUGGCGGCCGGGAAGGUCCAGGCCUCGCCAACGGACCCGACCGUGCCUGGACCCGGACUGAGGGGCACACGACCUGGAGUGGGGAAUCCAGAACGAAGGGAGAAGAAGUGUUUGAACGGCGGCUGUGGAGUGCCUGACGAGGAGGAGGGAGGAGAGCGGGACGAGGCUGACAGCGGGAGGUUCAGCGAAGGAGAGACAGAGGAGGAGAACGUGAUAGACUGCGGCCUGAAGCUGAGGAAAGUCAGCUUUAUAGAGAAGGUGGACAGAAGGCCGGCCUGUGGAGGAGUCCCCAUGGAAAACAGCUUCCUGGAGGAAGGGAGCCCCACCAUGGUGGAGAAAGGAAUGGACCCAGCCUCUGUGUUUGAAAUGUGCGAUGACGACGAUGAUAAUGGAAUCCAUGAUGUGAAGGACCCGGGAGGGGGAAGCGCCGAGGGGCUCAGUGCUGCUGCUGCAGCCACUGCAGGCAGCGCCGCCCCGCUGCCGUCUGCCUCAGAUGGCGCCGCGUCGCUGCGUCACAGAAGAAGAGGCCAGAGUGUGGAGAGGACAGAGCCUAAAACCAAACGGGAGUCAUGGAUGGAUCCUCCAGAGGAGAGAGAACGCACAACGCUGACUCAGGCUGAGAUGGAGAGCUGCAUGCAGACCUACGCUGACACCUUCCAGGAUUACCAGGAGAUGUUUGUCCAGUUUGGCUACGUGGUUCUCUUCUCCUCUGCCUUUCCUCUGGCUGCCAUGUGUGCACUCAUCAACAACAUCAUCGAGAUCCGCAGCGAUGCCUUUAAGCUGUGCACCGGGCUGCAGAGGCCGUUCGGACUCCGAGUGGAGAGCAUUGGCCAGUGGCAGACGGCGAUGGAAGCCAUGGGCCUGAUUGCCAUCAUAGUGAACUGUUACCUGAUUGGUCAGUGCGGUCAGCUGCAGCGGCUCUUCCCGUGGCUCAGUCCGGAGAUGGCCAUCAUCUCUAUUGUCAUCCUGGAGCACUUUGCGAUUCUCUUGAAGUAUGUCAUCCAUGUGGCCAUUCCUGACAUUCCUACAUGGGUCAAGGAGGAGAUGGCGAAACUGGACUACCAGCGAAGGGAGGCUUUUAAGAAGCAUGAGCGGCAGGCGCAGCAGCAUUACCAGCAGCUGCAGAGGAGGAAGAGGGAGGAAGAGGAGCGGCAGAGGCAGGCGGAGCAUAUGGCUCGCAGGGAGAGGGAGCGGGAUGACAACAAAGGUGACUCGUCUGGGGAUCACCACCACGACAAAAAUCACGGGAGCAAAUCUCGCUCCGGCGGCGGCGGAGGAGGAGGAGGGGCCAGCGGUUCUGACAAACCCAAGAGGCCCAGCUCCCUGCUGGCCAACAACAAUGUGAUGAAGCUGAAGCAGAUCAUCCCGCUGCAGAGUAAGUUCUCCUCCAGCGGCGCGCGCUCCCCGCAGUCGCCCACCGGCAGCGAGCCCAAACUCCCCGGGUUCCUCAGCUUCAAGUUCCUCAAGUCACCCGAGAACAAGAAGGAGGGAGCCGCCGCCGCCGCCGCAUCUGCUGCAGCCAGCACCAACACAGCCGCAGCAGCAUCAUCAUCAUCCUCAUCAUCAUCAGGUAGCAGCUCUCAGGAGCGUUCUCAGUCACCCAGUAAGGCCUUCAACCCUGGAAAACUGUUUAACUUUGGAAAAUCCGAAGGGGGAGCGUGUGUGAACGGGGCUCCGCCGCCCAGACCCGGAGACGGGUCGUCAUCGGAAAGACAAACCUCCCGCUCCGACUUGAACGGUGUUCCCGACGAGAUCCCUUCUCCUCCGGGGGAGGGAUCCGAGAACGGACAUGCUGCAGACUUGGACCCGGCCAGUUCGAAAAUCUAGCAGCUCCGGAGGAGGAAAACUACAUAUCAGCCGGAGUUGAUGUGCUUUACUGUGAGAAAAGGCCCGAAAAGUUCCUGUUUGUGUGGAGGGAAGCAAACAGGAAAAGAUGAAUCGGAUGGAAGAUGACUGUUGUUCCGGUCUGCUUUCUUGCAGAGAGACAAAAAUAAUCUGGCUUUGUACGACAGACGCAAGCCCUUCUGUCAUGACCGACUAAAACACAUUCACUCAAAUUCUUCCUUGUCUGCAAUACGUAAAGAAAUGCAUGAGCUGCGUUUCGACUAUUUUAAGCCUUUAAAACAGAAAGCUAUGUUUCCUGAUUUCCUUUAGUCAGAAAUUGUAAGCAUCUUGGUGGCCUCACGUGAAAAAAAUGAACAAAUAAAAAAGCCAGUUGUGAAAGGAUAGGGGUUAAAAACAAACAUGGAACGAUUUCCAGACUUCAUCCUUCCCAACACAAGUAAAUAUUUUAUCUUUCUUUUUUUUAUUGUAAUGAAUUUUUUGGGCCCUUCUCUUUUGUAACGAAGCAGAUAAAUGGAAAAGCAAUAUCAGUCAGUGUUUUAAUGAUUCUCAGCAGUCGCAGCAUAAAUCACCAGCUUUAUUUUGAAAGCAGAGGUGACGUCUGAGCGUUUAGUUCCCUUCCCUUUCUGUAACAGAUUUUAAAAAAUCACAAAGUAAAGAGCUUUGUAAGUCAAAUUACCCGUACCGACAUUUUUCCCAGGAGAAAUUUAGAGGCAGUGGCUGAAGGUGAUGUUUGGGAAAGUGGAGCAUGGAUGAUGCCUGUAGCGAACCGGGUAAACACAGAUGGCACUCCGUUCCACACACUCCAGACGAGGCAAAAUGAGUCCAGAGGUAAAGAGGAGAAAGUUGCACUAAACCCCAACAAGAAGCUUGAUUCCAGCGUGAUUCACUACAGUAUGUUACACAAAAACGUUUCUCUUUUUAGUAUCUACUGCUCCCUCCACACUUGUUCUCUCCUGCUGUGAUGAAGCUUUGAAAUGAAUGAAUCGUUUCCUAAAGCUGAAUAAUCCCUCAGUAAAAGUUAUAGAAAAAACCCAAAUCUUAGAUAUCCCCUAUUAAGAAAACGUUUUCAUCUCCUCAGCGCCCCCUGCAGGCUUUCAGUAGCUCUUACCUCGUCCUCUGACUGACACAUUCAGUUCCCUGCAGAAAUCACAAAAUGUUUGUUGUAUUUUAAUGUUCAUGAUACAAUUUAGCAAAGUUCACAAGGCUAUUAGAUGUAAGACGGACCCCCAGCAUCACAGGUCCUCCACUGUACCAAACAGUAUUCAUUCUUUGUUUCAAGAACUAGAAUGUUUGCUGCUAAAAAGGCUAAAAAGACAAGAAAGGUAUUUCCUUUUCCUCCAUAAUUUCUGUUCUUAGACUUGACGAUCGUAAGAUGCAGUUUUUUAAAUGAGCUCUAGAGAUUUUUUAUUAUUAUUUUUGCCUUCAUUCCCUUUGUCCUCACUUUGAACAGUGGCAAGAUUAACUUGGAUCCUCCACCUGCCCCUUUGGCUAAGAGAAAACGACCUGUGUCACACCAUAUUAAUACCCCAGGGAAACAAAAGUCCAAAACCAAAAACAUUAAAAACUACAAAGUGGAACUCAUUAAUAUUUUAUUACUAAUGUCUAUAAGUUAGAUUUUAGUAUUUUUCUCAGUAAAUUACUGCAAUAAAAGAUAAAUGUAUGUAUUUCAAGGCUUUUUUUUUUAACGCAGUGCCAAUAAGUGUGGAGGGAGAUGUUUUAUCUCUGCUCUUAGCAGUUCUGAUUGUUAAACACUGACCAUGCAUUUUGUUUUUACAGUACAGUACCAGUUUUUUCCAUUGACUUUUCCAACUACAUGUAAUAUUUUUCAAUUUAUGGUUUUUAAUUUGAGAUGUACAGUAUUCUACAGCAGAUUUAGACGCUAACGAGAGAAAGAAGAAAAUUGUUAAAACAAAAAAGUAAAGAUGUAUUCCCUGAACUUGUUGGAGUGUUAUGCCUCAGUUGGUUUAGUUGGUAUUUUAUUUUGUUUACAGAACCCUAAAAUUUGAAAGGAGGCUUUUAAGAAAGCUUUUGCACAGUGCUCUAUUAUCAUUUAACCUGCUCAGUUAACUUUAUGUAAACUCAUCAUCAUGCAAACAGUAAGUCAUUAUUUCAUGGUUUCCAGAAGGUGGUGCAAGCUUAUAAAAAUAAACAUUUACCCAUAAAACCAUUCUGUGGGCAUCAGGAUGCAGCAGCAGCACAGGUUUAGAUGGAAAAGCUUGGUGGAGUCAUUACACUGUAAAACACACAUUUCACAUGUUUCAAAGGCCACUGAACUGUCCUGUGGGUUAACAGAUGGAAACAUUAACUAUGCAUUUACACACUUUCACCUCCAACAAGGACUUUGGCAAUAACACUGAGUGGAAGCAGAUACUGUAGAUCGACAUGGAGCAGCACAUCUAUCUCCGCCUUUCUUCACUUCUCUUUUCUUUAUUUAUGGAGAAUCUUCACUGAAUCUGUUGAAUUAAUGUGUUUUAUUGUUGCCUCUGCCUUGUCAGACCAGUUUGAAAUGAGUAAAUAAAAAAAGAUUUAAUGCAAUACAGAAAAAAAAACCACACAAGAGGGUAAACCAUGUUGCAGCAUCAGUACUAUAAGCGUGUUCUUUAACUUCUCUGGAAGCUGUUCAUUAUAAAUGUAAAAUAGGAAUUCCCGGGAUGAGAGGAACAUAUUCUGUCUUUGUGUGUGUCGUUAAAAGGCUGGGAUGUGAAUUAUUAAAGAGAGUCGGUGCAACAACAUAAACAAGACGUAGAUGUUACAAUGUAGCUGAGCUCAGUCUUAUUUAAAAAAACCCUCCCAGUUUGCUGCAUUUGGAUUUCAGGGAUGAAGAACAGCACGAUGCAUUCGAGUCCCUUCGUCAUCAUCAUCUGUACACGUGUUUUGGCAGAAGGCUGGGAUCGGGCUGUUUGCUGAAGCUGUCAAGUUUUUAUGUACAGUUCCACCUUUUCCCGUUCAAGCAACAAAUAUCAAAAUAAUUUCUCUUCAUCAUAAAUUAAAGGCAGCUGGAAAUUUAGAACAGAUGAGGGAUUUUGAUAAGCCUGAGUCGCAGAAGCUGGCUUUGAUCGGGUCGAGCUCUGACGUCCCUCACAGGAAGCCUCUUCCUCUUUAACAGGAAAUCAGUGCGAUUGGGCCGAGUGGAUUUAUCAAAUGCGUCACGUUCUGGGAUUUGAGUCGGAUGUGAACGGGUCAGGUUCUCAACGCAGCUUCAUUAAAACCCGACCCUAACCUCAAAAAUCAGAUGUUUCAUCGCAGCCUCACUGACACGACAUCAAACGCUCUUCCAAUGUACAAAAGA